AUGAGAGACGAAGCCAGCAAGGAUGGCGACCGCAGUGGGCCAGGAGACAACGAGGUGAUUGACCGCUGUCACAGUGAUGCUCAAUGUGUCACGGGCGGCAAUACCAAGGGAUGCAUUUUCUGGAGCUCCAGAAAACGAACUCCCUUGGGUGACGUGGCAGCCAUUUGGGCAAGUCGCGUCGAUUGCCUUCCUACUUCUUUGACCUGCCCCAACUGCUCGCUCUCGAGCUCGCGCAUCCCUCACCACCCGCUGUCCUCUGCCGCUGCGUCCCCUCCCCCUCUAACUCUCGCCCAUCGUCGCUGCCAUUGCCUGCCGGCUUUCAUGCACCGCCGCCGCCGCCCCGCGGAUGCUACGUGCCCCGACGCUGAGAUAGAGGUGAGCGAUGAUGUGCAGUAUAAGCAUGUUUUACUCUACACACGUCUGAACAACCGUGUCGUCGACUUGAGGAUGCAAACGAACCAGGCCGUAUUCAAGCUGCAGCAUGCCAUCAGCCACCUGUUCCGCGAAUACCUCGACGAGCGGGGCUUCACCGAGAUCCACAGUCCCAAACUGCAGGGCACGGCGACGGUAUCCGGUGCGACGGUCUUCGAGGUGGGAGACUUCAAAGGUAUGGCCUUCCUCGCGCAACGGCCGCAGCUCGUGAAGCAGAUGGCGAUCGCGGCAGACUUCGAGCGUGUGUACGAAAUCGGGCCCAUCUGCCGCGCGGAGGACUCGAACACGCACCGGCACAUGACCGAAUUCACUGGACUCGAUCUCGAGAUGGCCAUCCAGGAGCACUAUCACAAGGUCAUGGAGAUGCUCGACAGGCUGUUAAUCUACAUGUUCUCCGCACUGCGCCAUCGGCUCUCGUUCAAGGAGGCGGUCGACCUCUUGGUGGAGGACGGUGUACCAAGAGACGCGUUGGACGAUAUCAAGUGUGUUCACCAAAUUGAGAAGCGCCUGGGAAGGAUCGUCCGCGCGAAGUACGACACCGACUACUACAUCAUAGUUAAAUUCUCCAUGGCACUCCGGCCCUUCUAUAUCAUGCCUGACCCCGAUGACCCGACGCUCUCGAACUCGUACGACUUCUUCAUACGCGGGGAGGAGAUCCUCUCCGGGGCACAGCGGAUCCACGACGCGACACUGCUCGCGGAGAAGAUGCGCUCGAGGGGCCUCGACCCCGCAUCGAUAAGCUACUACCUCUACGCGUUCAAGAUGGGCUGCUCGCCAAACGUCGGCAGCAGCAUCGGCCUCGAGUGCAUGCUCAUGCUCUUCCUCAGGCUCAACAACAUCUGCCGCACGUCGCUCUUCCCGAGGGACAGCGGCUCGACCCGUAGACGGUAG